GGGCAGUAAAUAAAACCAAGCUUACUCUUGCGGCCGGUCUCCUUUUUUUAUGUAAUAGAUCGGCAAACGAGCUGACGGAUUACCUGAUGUUUGCAAUCAUGGAUGUGGAGAACGCCAAUUGUAAGGUGAGGGUAUCACAGUGCGCCGACAUGGAAGUACUGCCUAUCGAGAAGCCGUUGAAGAUUGAUGUCGAAAUUACUGGAUUGGAGAAGUUAAUUGAGGAGCUACAUAGGGUGUUCUCACACGACCACGUCAAUGUACAGGAUGUUCAGAAAUUGAUGGCCGGAUAUAAAUCUGAUCCUAAAGAUUGGAGCAAAUUCGCUAAAUUUGACCGUUUUAGGUACACAAGAAACCUGGUAGACGCUGGAAAUGGAGCCUUUAACAUCAUGAUCCUGUGCUGGGGACCAGGACAUGCGUCAGCCAUCCACGAUCAUGCUGACUCUCAUUGCUUUAUGAAACUCCUUAGUGGGAGUUUGGAGGAAGUAAGAUACGAGUGGCCUGAAAACGUUCAGCCGGAAGUUAUGAAGGUUUUAAAUAACAAUAAGCCGCGAAGAAAAUGCUGUUCAGAAAGCCAAGAUCUGCCUGACAGUGUAUCCGAACUGAAAAUCAAUGAAACCUGUCAACGUGAGAACUGUCAAUGUGACAGCUGUCAGAGCAAGAGUGACAGGUGUCAAGAGAAGAAUGACAGGUGUCAAAAGAAGAAUGACAGCUGUCAGGGAAAGAGAGAAGAGUAUGGUAGUGAUGAUGAUGAAGGGUAUGAUGCUGAGGAUAUGAAGGUCAGAGGUAGAACAAGAAUGGAAAUCAACGAUGUCUGUUAUAUUAAUGAUGCACUGGGUCUUCAUCGAGUUGAGAAUCCUUCCCACGUCGAUGGUGCAGUGUCCUUACAUCUCUACUGUCCACCUUUCGACAGCUGCCGUGUAUUUGACGCUAGGACCGGUAAACCAACCCAAGUUAAAGUCACCUUCUGGUCCAUGUACGGGAAGAAGAUUAAGAGGGUCAUAGAAGCCAACGAUGCCGCUGACAGUCAGUAAAACCUGUACACAGUCAAAAAUUCA